AUUGACAGAUCUACUGUAGUGAAUGAGACUACCUCCGGAACGAAGCUCCAUCCGAUACGAAUUCAAAUUAGUCGAAAUCCAAUACAAAGCGUACACCAUAGGCAAAUUAGGAAGUACAAUUUUACUCAUCUUCCUUACCCAACACAGUACCCCUUCCAGCAUCAAUUUUUCACCUUCUACUAUUGCCAUACAAUUUCUCGAAUCAAGAAAAAUUCCAACAAUGAAUCCACAAACUUCCAACAACAACAACAACCAAACAAACCCCAGGAAAAGACCAUUUCAAGAACAAGAACCUAACAAUGAAAAACAACCAGUAACACUAAAUACCAUGUUGGUAGCCAUUGAUCACAACAGCCUUUUUUACACUGUUUGUUCUACAUGUGAAGCAAAUCUACCUGACCCUUUACCAAAUUCUUCAUCUUCUUCAAUACCCCUUUGUAAAAAUUGCAACUUUAACCCUGCUUCUUCUGGCUCCAAACGCCUCUUUCGUGUCCUUGUGUCUAUAGCUACCGAGAAAAGAGUGGUGGUAGUGAUAAUGUUUGAUAGGGUGGCUAGGGUUUUGUUUGGUUGUUCUGCUGAUGAAUUCUUUGAUUUUGCCAAAACUCAUCCUUGUGCUGCUGCAGCUGCUGGUAAAGCUUUGGAGGGAGAGAUGUUGAAAGUCACCGUGUCCCAGCCAAAGAAUGGUAAUGCACGACAUCUCCGGGUGGUAUCAGUUUUGCCAUUGCGGACAGGUUUUCGGCCUGUGAUUGAGACCUUGAGGGAACUAUAUCGAGCAAGAGGUGGUUCAUAGCUAUUGAGUUAAGGUGUUUGUGUCGAUGUUCUUGAGCAGCCUUAAUGUGUCUGUGUACGUCUCCAUUAUUCCAUUGGCAAAAAGAACAUGAAUACAUCUUUCGUUAAACAUUAGUUUCUCCUCUAAACCCCAUUGCGGGCUUAGCAGACCAUGGGCACGCUUCUUAUAUUAAGCGUGUCUUUCUUGUGAAUCUUUAUUGUAUUCCUUUAUUCAUAUAUUUAUCGUUCAUGCUUAUAAUUAUUA